UUCAAAUGACUCAAGCAUUUGAGGAGUUUGAUAUGUUUCAAAGUCAGUUAGAGUCGAGUACCAGUAAAACACAAUUAGAGUUAUAUUCGGAAGAAGCUAACGUUGAUCGUAAAACAAAUCCGAAUCUAGAUGUAGUUGGAUUUUGGAAGGAUAACAAACUAAGGUAUCCAGAACUUUCAUUAAUGGCACGGGAUGUUUUGUGUGUGCCCAUCACUACAGUAGCCUCUGAAUCUACAUUUAGCACCGGAGGUCGUGCCAUUGGAAAGUUUCAAAGCUCUAUUCUUCUUGCAAAUGUUGAGGUGAAACUAUGUACUAGGGAUUGGAUUUGUGGACAAGAAGAUCUUGAUGGAUUCGAAUCAGAUUCUGAUGAAGAUGAGAUUGUUGUUGACCUUCAACCUUAUGUUGAUAAACUUAGCGGUAAGACUUGAGAGCAACUCAC